CCGGCUAGCGCGCAACACGCUUGCUCUUGCUGUCGAAUAUUUGUUAACAUCGCGUAAAUUCUGAUCACGGUACUAAUUUUGAGGAAAAUUACAAUGAAUUAUUUCCAUGCACUCAUUAUUAAAUCUAGAACCGCUUUAGUAUUCCAGAUGAAUUUUUUUAACAAACACAACCAGGAAAUGAACUUUUUUUGCUAUUAAAAUUAUGUUUUUGUGAUAAUUGUGAUAAAGACCUAUUUUAGUGAUGCUUUAAUAAUAAUGAAGAUUGAUUUAUUGUUUCUAAGUUAUGCAUAAGAAUAAACGGAUGUCAAUAUCAAGAGAGGCCUUCAAGAAUAGCUGUUAAGGCUGCUCACAAAGAUGUCAAGCACUGAGAACGAUGGUAACGCAGCCAGUGUGGCGUACUGUGUGCCGGGAGGACAGAUCUUCCAAUCUGUUUAUGUACAGGUCCACGGAUACAUCGCACUGAUAAUCUGUCUGCUCGGAUCUGCCGCUAAUUCUGUCAAUAUUGCCGUACUCAGUCGGAAGGAGAUGGCCUCAUCCACAAAUUCCAUCCUCACAGGCCUCGCCGUUGCUGAUCUACUCGUUAUGCUCGACUAUAUACCAUUUGCGCUGCAUAUUUAUACUAAAAUAGGUUCUGAGUAUAAUCGUAAUUCAUAUGGUUGGGCUGUGUUCGUUUACUUCCAUUCCAUCUUCAGCCAAACUUUCCAUACAAUAUCUAUUUGGCUUACUAUAACACUUGCCGUUUGGAGGUACAUCGCGAUAAAGUUUCCACAGAAGAAUAGAACGUUAUGUAAUAAAAGAAAUACUAAUAUAGCUAUUACUGUGGCGUAUGCUGUUUGUCCAAUAUUGUGUCUUCCUAUAUAUUUCGCUAUGAAUAUUCGGGAAACAGUUGUCUCAAAAAAUGCAAGCGAGAAUACGACGUGGAGCGAGACGGACAGUGUGAAUGCCACGGGGAGUCGGCCUCCGGCAUACGCUCUGCAAAUGACGGAUAAUACAGAUUUACUUACUGCCAUAUUUUGGAUUUACAGUGUAUUUAUAAAACUUAUACCAUGUGUAGUGUUAUCAAUUUUGAGUGUGUUAUUAAUUUUAAAAAUGAAAUCAAGUGAUAGAAGAAGACAAAAGUUACUUAAGAAGUCAGCCAUCACCACAAGCGAGGGUGAAAAAACUCGUCUGAAUGAAGACGGCGGUGGGAGGCGAGGAGGCGGGGGCCGUACGGAUCGCACUACGCGUAUGCUGGUGGCAUUGCUUGGUCUCUUCCUUGCCACGGAGUUGCCCCAAGCACUUUUUGGUCUUCUUACUGCUAUUGCACCACAUCUAUUUGGUGUUUGCUACUAUGCAUUUGGUGAGGUGAUGGAUUUGAUGGCGCUUGUGGGCUCAGCUGUCAACUUUGUGCUCUACUGCAGCAUGAGUCGACAAUUCAGGUCCACAUUUACAAGACUAGCACGGAAGGUUUUGCCUCUUCCGAGACCAGAGGGUGAAGCUCUAGUUUCGCUAAAAGCGUAGCGUUCGCAAGUUCCCGCCACUUCGGUUACACAUCUCUGAAUUGAUGUCAAUACUGAAGUAACAAGUGUGCAUUUAAAAUAUUAAGGAUUAUGUAGUGAUAUAAGUACAGUGAUCAAGUUUUAAAACAUUCGUGAUAGGUAUGGAAGUAUUUUCAAUUUUAUCUUUUUAGAGUUCUGGAAUCUUUUAAUAAUCAAGAAUAAAGACUAAUAUAAUAACUCACGUGUUCAAGUUAUUUGAAUGCUCCGGUUGGUACUUAAAUAAUACUUGUGUGUUUAUAUUAAACCCUAUUAUUAUAUCGGUUGCAUAUGAUAAAAUGUAGACAAAAUGGUAGAUUCGUGGCGCCUACAUUAAUAGCACAUUAUGUUCUAGAACCCUUUAAUUAAAUGGAGAUUACGCCAUUAACACAUAAGUCAAUAACAUUAAAUUGUUUAUAGGCUUUCUGGGGUCUUCCAUUUCGCUUACGCAUAAAUCUGAGAAGCCAAAAGUAUCGGAUAGAAAGAGAUGCUAAAUAACAGUGAACAACAAGCAACGAUUACCAUCUUCCAUUAGGUGGGCCUUCAACUUGUUUAUUAUUCAAAGUUGUUUAUAAAUUUUCCACUCCACUGACAUAGAAUCAGCGGUGAUGUCCAAAAUUUACUUGCAUCAAUUCUGAGAACGUUAUCAUCACCAGUUGCAUUUUAUAUUUGGUUUUAGCUUUUUCAUUAUAUUUGUUUAAAUUUAUUUACAAGAUUACGUUUUUCUUGUGUUCUUCAUUAAAAAGAUGUGUGUGAUUUAGAUAUAAAAAUUAAACAAAAUGUUUAAUUUUUAUAUCUAAAUUUAGAGUAAAAGACUAAGUACUAAAUCUAAAUUCAGUCUCAAGUUAGUUGCAUAAUUGUAAUAUAUAUUAAAAAAAAACUAUUGAAAAGACAAACAUAAAAUCUUACUUAUUAUUAUUUGAUUAUCAUUGACUGAAACUAUUUAAGUUUAUUUAUUUUAUAACGUUCCCUUUCAAAAUUGUAUAAUAAGAAUCGUUAAUUUUCAUUUUCCAAUAAUCAAAGUAUUAGCUACAGUAUUUUUUUUCUUUUUAUGACUACAACUAUGAUAAUAACUAGAUACUUGAUAAAUCAAUGUUUUCAUAGGCACAAUUUCAAAUUAUUUUGAUUAGAGAGUAAAUUUAAAAUCUUGUAUCAUUUGCUAAUAAAAUUUUCAUGCCUAAGAAUCGCAACAGCAUUUUUUAAUUAAAGAUGAAAAACUAUAAAGUCUAACAGGAGAAUUUAAUAUUAUUAUAAUUCUAAGAAUGUUAUGUACAGCGUGUAAAUUACUAAAAAAAUAUGUCAUAUAUCUAACUAAAACAAUAAUUGGAAGCUAUGCACGUACAUUAUUCAGCGCAGGUUUUUCUUCCUAAUUUUUAUUUUUAAGAUGCUUCAUUUGUUCUUGACCUUUACUAUUCAAAGAAAUUAACUUUAAACGCAUAGAUUAUACUUUAAGGAUCGAAUUUUAAUAUAUUUUUUUCAUAUUUUUACUAUCCUAAUCUGGGAAUAACAUUCUAAAAGUAACCUUUUGAGAGAUGUAACGCAUUAAAAGGAUAUUACGAUGUUGCGAUUUUCAGCAAGGAGGGUCACUUAAAUACAUUAGAAUCGAUUUAGGCAGGGGAUUUAUUAAAUUAAUAAGAUCAUAUCUGAACAUAAACAUAACAUUUUAUUAUCCCUUAGUUGCUUCUUACAACAUUAGUCAUAAAAGAAGUAGUAAUAUUUACACAUGGUGUUCAUUUCAUCAUCAUCCGGGUCAUAAUUAUCUUAAUACUCGUGUAAAUUUAUUAAAAUAAUGACGCAAGUCCAAUGUCAGUAUAAUGUUUUAUAGUAUCUUACAUAAUUUAGAAAUAAACAAAUGACAUAUUAUCGUUUCCAUCCGUAUUUAUAAUCCAAUACAAUAACCAUAAUUUAUUAUAAUUUGUUCCCCAAUAAAACCCCAUACAUCAUUAUUUUUUAAAUAAAAUAUUAUUGUUAUUUAUGUUACAAUAUUCCAUGGGUACGAAUAUAUUUAAUUAUAUAAAGGCAGGUGCUAUUUGUAAUAAUUAAUAAAUUUAUAUAAAAACGUAUUAUUAUUAAAAUAUGUUUAGAGUGAGUAAUUAAUACAAUAUUUAUUUUAAUUAGAAAGAGUAUUUGUAGUAGACAGAAUAAGUAUUUAAUGAAUUCUGAAAAAUAGAUGAAUAAAUAUUUGAAACCAAACAGAAACGUACUUAUAUGUUUUAGAAGUAUUAAUUUUUUUUUAAUUGAGGCAAAUAGUUAUAUUUAAUCGUAAAUGAAUUGUGCAAUAUUUCAGUAGAUUUACUCCGUUCAAUAUUGUACCUAUUCUAGCAUGUGUAUGUAAUAUUCAUUGUCUUGUCUAAAUUAUGAUCAAUUCACGAAUUUGUAAAAUAUGCGUUUCUGGUAUUAUAUUAUUAAAGAAUUGAGAAAGGUGCUUGAUAUAUUAAGGUAAGAUCUUAAUUUUUAUAAUGAAAAUUUGAACCAAAAUUCUUAAUAGCUAUAGGUUUUAAAAUGUAUAUUAAUGUCGGUGGUAAAUUAUAAAAUUGUAUAUAAUGUAUUAUGUCGAAAGUACAUGUCAUUAAAUUUAAAAUAAAUUCGUAGAAAAUCUCAGCUAAAUACCAAAUGUUUAUUAUUAUGCUCUAAAAUUCUUUCGAAUAUUGGUAUGGUAUACUUAUAAUAUGAUGUUUAUUUAUUUUUAUUUUUUUAUUUAUUCUUUAUUGUACACAAAAAAAAUAUUACAUAUAAUAUAUAUAAAAUAAAGGUGUACAAUAGGCGAGCUUAACUCUGUAAGAGUUCUCUUCCAGCAAACCCUGAGUGGAAAGGAGCAUUAAUUAUUUAUUAGCGGGCAGUAUGCGUACAAUAAUAGAAGGAAACAUUAUUGAUGUUUCUAUUAAAACAUAUGAAAUAUGUUGACUACAUAAAUAACUCAUACAAUUAAAAUCAAAAUAAAUACAUAUCUGUAUACAUAUACAUAUAUACAUAGACAUAAAAUAUCUCUUUACAUACAAAAAAAUAGGUACAUAUACAUACAUAGACAUAAUAAGUUUAUGAGGACAGAAGAUGCUCUUUUAAUCUGCUCUUGAAUAUAUUCAGCGAUUGACUUUCACGAAUAUGCAGUGGAAGAGAGUUCCAUAGUCUAGCCGCAUGAACCGUAAAUGAUCCACUAUAGCAUGAGGAGGUAUGAGGAGGGAUUUUAAGAAUAAGGGAUUUACUCGACCUACUGGACAUGCCAGUGGGGUCAAGGAAAGUGAAACGUUCACAAAGAUAAGAUGGAGAGGAAGAAUUAUACAGUACAGAAUACAGGAAAGAUAAAAGAUGAAAAUCACGACGUUGACGAAUUGGGAGCCAUUUUAAUAUACUUCUGUAAGAGGAGACAUGAUCGUAUUUUCUAAGUCCAUAAAUAAAACGUAUGCAUAAAUUCUGUAGCCGCUCCAACCUAUUUAAUUGUUCCUCUGUGACAUCUAGAUAACAUACGUCAGCAUAAUC